AUGCUUGACCUGGACUCCUGGCCUCACACUCCUCACGGUGUCCUGCUGCUGACCCUACUGCUGGGACUUCCAGGAACAGCUACACGGGACCUGAAGGUGAUUCAGCCUGAGAAAUCAGUUUCUGUCCUUGCUGGAGAGUCAGCCACUCUGAACUGCACUGUGACAUGGCAGCUACCUGUGGGACCCAUUAUGUGGUUCAGGGGCACAGGACAGAGUCGACAACUAAUAUAUAACUUCAAAGGAGAGAAGUUUCCCAGAGUCACAAAUAUUACAGAUUUCACAAAGAGAAACAACCUGGACUUUUCCAUCCGCAUCAGUAAUGUCACAAUUGAUGAUGCUGGUACCUACUACUGUGUGAAGUUCCAGAAAGCAGACUCUGACAGAGAGUUUUUGUCUGGGGGAGGCACAGUGCUGUAUGUCCUUGGAGCAGCUACACAGGACCUGAAGGUGAUUCAGCCUGAGAAAUCAGUUUCUGUCCUUGCUGGAAAGUCAGCCACUCUGAACUGUACUGUGACAUGGCAGCUACCUGUGGAACCCAUUAUGUGGUUCAGGGGCACAGGACAGAGUCGACAACUAAUAUAUAGUUUCACAGGAGAGAAGUUUCCCAGAGUCACAAAUAUUACAGAUUUCACAAAGAGAAACAACCUGGACUUUUCCAUCCGCAUCAGUAAUGUCACAACUCAUGAUGCUGGUACCUACUACUGUGUGAUGGUCAUCAGAACAGACUCUGACAAGGAGAUUCAGUCAGAGGGAGGCACAGUGCUGUAUGUCCUUGAACUGAAGACAUCAGAUACUGCUGAAAUCCUUGUAGCUCUGCUCCUUGUACCCAAAAUGCUACUGGUAAUUGGUGCCUCUGCCAUCUACAUGUUCAAGAAGCAGAAGGCCUGACUGUAAGUUAGGA